AUGGCUGAAACAGUGGGGAUCAUUGCGAGUGGUAUUCAAAUUGCAGGUCUCAUAGGGACGAUCACCAAAGCUGGAUUGCAGAUCCGAGCACUCUACCAUGAGAUCCAAGAUGCCUCCGACGACGUUGCCUUCCGUCUCCAAGAACUCCAGAUCCUGUCCGGAAUCCUCGAAGACUCAAACUCGAUUUCGUCAAAUGCAAGGAAUCUCUGUGGGCUCUGUCUCUCUGAACUUCAUCUAGUUCUUGCUGAACUACAAUCACAAAUCCGCCGGUCCAGAGGAAUCAGGAGAAAGGUGGCGUCGGCGAAAGUGAUUGUGAAGAAAGAUGUAAUGCAAAAAUUGGAGAGACGACUUGAGAGAUCGGUCCAGUUCCUGAUGCUCGCAAACCAAAUCCAUACGUCGUCGACCCAAAGCUUGGUACUUCGAAACCAGGACACUAUGCUGUGCCUCCUCAAGACUCAUCCAAACCAAUUGCAGAUGCCUGGACAAGCAGUCGGCCUUUCUACAUUCGAAGACCACACAGAGCACCACUCAGCCGUAACACGUACCUCGCAUACAAGCAGUCACAAGGACUGUUCCUCGAUAUGUGUCGAGGAUUCAAGCGUGUGGCGUCUUGCCUGGUCAAACACCCACACACCCAAGACAUCUUGGACAUUUGGACUACCAUUCGCAACGGGCGCCAUUCAGUUCGAGAGGCUCGCCAUCCAGGAUACCCAUUCCGAGCUCAGAAAGGAAUGUGUCACUACAGAGGACACCGCUGCAUGGUCGUCGCCCACCGUACGCGUCAAGGUCGUCUUACCCCAAUGGCUGUCUUACAAGACGUUGGAUAUAAUUGCUUGGAAGGCACAAAUCGGGUGGAAGCAAUACCUGCGUGUGCGAAACAUAUUCCCUAGUGACAAAUCGAUGAAUGGCCCGGGAACGGCGUUUAAUCGGGCAGCGACGACAAUAGCUUCUGGGAGUCUGAACCAACUGAGGUCACAGUUCGAAGGCCGAGAAUUAACACCAUGGGAUGAAGACAGUCGUGGAACGACAUUAUUGACGUGCGCUGUGGCCCAGCGUCGAUGGGAUAUUUGCAAUUACUUGAUGGACCUUGGCCUGAGCAUACCGCACGUAUCGGCAACAUCUGAGGGCGGGAUCGACCUGAAUCUUUACGGGGCGAAUGAAAAGGAACAUUUCCAACAUCGAUUCGAGGGCUAUCCAUCCGACGGGAUGACCUACGACUAUUUUAGCCCCGAGGCAUACAAAAUUGGUUGCGAUAAUCUCGGGCUGUACAGGAGACAUCUGCACUGGGUCCGACUCAUCAACUUCCAUUACGGGAGACUUCCCACAGAUUGGAAAUUCUGGUGGUCCGAGCCCUCGGAUGAAUUUGCUGGAGACUUUUGGCUUCUCCUAGAAUCUGGGACUCAAGAAGCAAUCAUGAGUGUUCCAGGGGCUUGGGUUGACUGA